AUGUACAGUAUUUAUUUAUCUAAAUACUUUACAGAUGGCUGUCCUUAUGAUAAACUCAUAAUAUCUGGACGUGUAUCAAAAAAAUUGUGUGGGACCAUCACUCCGACGCCAUUUGUGACUGGCUUGAAUGUCGUCGGACUGAGAAUGGUGACAGAUGGUACGGUUCAACAAAACGGUUUUGAUAUCAAAUUCAACACGAAUCGGAGUAAGCAAUAUUUAAUAUAUGUAAUACCUAUCGCAAGAAAGCAUGCCAAAGUUAGAUUAACUUUUUUGACUACUUCCUGUGUAUAGAAUAUUCCCAUGUUUAUUUUUUCUAGCAACUGGUUUGCCCCCAGCAGUUAGUGUGUGUCCGACCAGAACAAUCACCCCCAGUGCUAUUGGUCGUGUCCACUCUCCUGGAUUCGCCAGUCACUAUGGCGCCAAUCUGAACUGUAAACUUACCCUGAAUGUGCCUUCAAAUAAGGAAGUUGAAGUUUCCUACAACUAUCGCGAUAUUGAAAGUAAGUGCACAACAGUAACAAUAUAUUAUUAUAUGGCUUUUCAAAAUUCUCUAUUCUGAUUGGUUGAUAAGCGGUCCGUAAAAAUCCAUAUCCGGACCGUGGUCCGUAUUUUCCGUAUCUGGACCGGUGUCCCGGAUGUGGUUCAAUUGUCUGGCGGGAAAUUUUUGCUUUGAAAAACAGAAAAAGUUUUUAAUUGUUAAAUUUCCAUUUGUGUGUCAUUAAAAUGUACAGAUUAAAAUUUCAAACGACCAAAUUGUUUUUGAUUGAGCAUGCAUGCAUGCCUACCGUAUAUUGUUACCCAGUGAAACUGACGAUAGCCGAUUUAAUUCGCGCGAAAAGCAUAUGCUCACAGACUCAGUUCAGCCAUAUAAUAAACCGACUAUUGACCUCGCUUGUUCGGUCCGUACUGCGAAAUAUCAGACCUCUGCUUUUUGCAUGGACCUCGCUAGCUCCUUCUUCGCUCGGUCCAUACUAAAAAACCUCGGUCUGAUAUUUCACAGUACAGACCUCAACCUCGGUCAAAAAGCCGUUAUAACAAUGACAAUACACUUUAGAAACACGUCGGUUAGAAUUUUCCUGGUUAACCUGGAUAUAACCCUAUUUAGGUUUACUUAAUGUUCCUGGUUAUCUUUCCUGGUUAUUUUGACCUCCUUUUUAGUGUAAAGUUUCACUUUACACUAUUGUAAUGAGUGGGGAAAUUCACACGAAUCAAUCAGUCAGUCAUAGGGUAAACUUUCCGGGGUGUGUGUACGAUUUAUGUUCGUAGUGAUUUAUUGUACUUAGUCAGUGCUUUGAAGGUAAUUUAGGCAAUUUCAGUUGUCUUCUUUAAAUAUUCUUUAGGCCUUAUGCCAAGUUCACAAAAAUUUCGAAGAAUCGUUGUCGUUAUUGUAAUUUUUUGUACAUUUUAGAACAUUAGCUUUUCAUGUUGUGUAAACGAUCUCCCCCCGGAACACCGGAUUUUUCUUUAGCAGCGCAAAUGCGCAUGUGCUAUCAAGCCGCUUGGAAGGACCGAGCGAAGCAGUGUUGUUUUCAAUAAACAUUUUAAACGUGAAUAUUGAGUAAAUCGUUGAGAAUCUAGGCUAUAUAUAAGUUAAUCUAGGCAAUAUAUAAGUUAAUGUUAUGCAUUACGGGCAUUCAAUCGAGUACCGAUAUUAUGUAACGAUAUAUUCAUUUAUACAGAGCUAAUAAAUGUUUCAGACAUGCGUGAAUAUUGAGAAAAUAUAUGAGAUUGUACGCAACAUAUAAAUCGAUGUAAUACAUUACGGGCAUUCAAUUAAGUGCCAAUAUUGUUAUUACUGUAUAUUCCCUAAUAUACAGAGCUAUAGGAAGGAGCGAGACAGUGUUGUUAUCAGAUGUAUAAAUAUUUCAGACAUGAGUAUUGCGAGUUAAUAUGUGAGUUUUUAUACGGGCAUUCAAUUAAGUACCGAUAUUAUUUAGACUGUAUAUCGAUAUUAUUUAGACUGUAUAUUCAUUAUACAGCGACUGUAUAAGGUGCUACACAACAGAAUAAAUGGCUACACUCUGUACACUGAAAUCACAGAAUCUUGUAAAUAAACUCUAUGCUGAUCAUGAAUUACUGAAACCACACAUACAGCACGUGUCAAGCAUGAUUGAUUGUUGCGUGUUUGGCGGUCUAAAUAAGGAAAUGAUUAUAUAGGGUUCAAAGAUUAGGGUUGCGUAAACACCCGCGUGUAUCACGUGCUGAUAUUCAACGAUAUAAUUGGCUGGUGCAUCAAUGUCACACAGGGAUAAUUUCAUCAGAUCCAGUAGAGCGUAAACAACUAAAAAACCUCGGUCUGAUAUUUCACAGUACAGACCUCAUGUUCGGUCAAUAAGCCGUUAUGACAAUGACAAUACACUUUAGGAAAACGUUGGUUAAAAUUUUCCUGGUUAACCUAGAAAUAACCCUAUUUAGGUGUACUUAAUGUUCCUGGUUAUCUUUCCUGGUUAUUUUGACCUCCUUUUUCUGUAAUCUGGUUAUUUGACCAAUACUUACUGAUUAAAUUAAAAUGCAAUGUUAAUGUUAAAAUAACCAGACUAUCCACGAAGCAUAUAGUCUGGUUCUUUAAACGUUAACAUUGGCGUCCUGUCAAACAUAAACAGAUUCCUGUUCACAUUAACCAAACUAUGAUAAAAGAUGAGACGAAAUGAUCAAGAAAUUUAACCAAGAAAAUGGGCUACUUGCAUGUUAGACUAAAUUUUAAUCAAAGUAAAGAGAAGGGAAUCAAAGACAUCAGCUAAAAAGAACAAUGAAAUUAGUAAAAUUGCAAAAUUUGGUUGAAAAUAUAGCCUUGCAAAAUUUGCAAAUUUUGUAAAUGUUUGUAUUACGUGCGGAAAUUGUUAACAUUUUCGGCUCAAAAAUGAUAACAAUUUCCGCGUGUAAUACAAACAUAUACAAAAUAUGCAAACUUCGCAAGGCUAUAUUUUCCGUAUUUUACAACAUUUCGGUAAUUUGUUGCGGACGAUGCGGUUGUUGUAACUGUUACGACUGCUGUUGAUGGUAUUGUUGUGGUUGAUGUUGCGGUUGUUGUGGCUGUUGCUUCUGUUGCUGAUAGUAUUGUUGUGACGCAUGCAUUGUUGUUUUUGUGGUGGAUGUUGUUGUUGUGGUGGAUGUUGUUGUUGUUCCUGCUUUGUUGGUAAUUUUGUCGUUUAGUUGUAUGUUGUUGCAAUUGUUGAUGUUGUCUCUGUUGUUUCAGUCGUUUAUUUUGAUGCUGCUUGUAUAUUAGUUGCUGUCGUUGUUACUCAAACUAACGGUAAAUUAUUUAAUAUUUUGCUUUCAGGUACUUCACAGUGUUGGAAAGACAAGUUAACGGUUGCGGACAACAGUGCAACUAACUACACGUGUGGUGCAUCAUCUGCCGGCAACACGACAACAUAUAGAAGAGAUGGUAAUGUCUCGUUUCUUUUUUCAACUGAUGGGAGUGGCUCUGGAAGGGGAUUUAUAUUGACAUACAAACUCUUAACUGAGUCUCCAGUCUCAAGUAAGUAUGAUCGACGUGAAACUAGGCAGCAAUAUUUGUUGCGGAAACGAUUUUUCUUCCGGUGA